AUGUUCGUUACCCCACAUCUGGAUGUCACGUUGCUCUUCUAGCAAUUAGCACGCCUUACUAAAGUAUCUUCGCCAUAUUCCACAUAAAUACCCCGGUGAUAAAAGAAUCUCACGGUAAUUAUGAAGCUAUAAUCAGUUUGAACGUAGGUGGUAUUAGUUUCGCCUAGCCCCAGAUCUGACUGCGAGUUCUCCUGUAGCAAUCCACACUUGCUGCAUUCCAUGCGCACCUCGAUAGCAAUCAUAUACAAGCAACCCCCCUCGGUAUAAAAACUUCGCACCACCCCACUGCCACGUACACCAGACUCCAUCCACAUUGAUUUCCAUCACCCAUUAUCUCUACACCACCACCAUGAGCGCCACCAGAUACAUCCUAGGCGGAGCAGCCAUUGCCGGCGCUGCGUACUACGUCUACGACACCAACCAGCAGCGCGCCCUCUACGGCACGCCGCUUUCUCAGCAAUUGCGUAACAGCGCAGACACUGCGGCCAGUAAGGCGCUGGACGGCUUGAACACCGCCAAAAACGAGCUUCAAUCGGCCAAGUACGACCUCCAGAACAACCUCGAGGCGGCCAAGCACGACCUUAAGGGCAACUUAAACACGGCUGUACGCGACAUCCGCGGCAACGUUAACUCUGCCGCUGAGGACGUGACGGAGUGGACGCGCGACAAGUACAACGAGCUCGUGCACGCGUUGUCACACGCCACGACCGAAGAAAAGGCGCGUCUCCGCGCGCGCUAUGGUCGCAAGUACGACGAGGUCGCGAAUGCAAGCGCGGAGGAGCGCCAGUUGGUUCUCGCCCGCCUCGAUGUCUCCAAGAGCCCGCUCUUGCAGGUUUCCGACAAGUAUAUUGAUGCAGUCAACGAUAUCGGUAUCUCUACCGAAAAUGCCCUCCAGUCCAUCAAGAACACUGUAAUCGGCGCCAAGGACACGGUGGCUGACACCACUGACGCGGCUGUCAGCGGUGUUGUCAGCGCGAGGGACUCAAUUGUGAACACCGUGUCGGAUGCCGCAGACUCUGUGGCCGAGACUAAGAAAACAUGGCUCGGUGCGUCCGCGAGCGAUCGUGCUGUGGUAAACACCGAAGCAAAAACUGCCGCGGCAGUGGCUAACGCGGUGCGUGGCUGGGGUGACUUGGCCACCUACGCGAGUGAGGAGCUGGCAAACGACCACGGUGCCGUGACGCGCGACGCGAACGGCAAGAUCUUGAACUGGAGCGCCGAUAAACUCGCGGAGGCCAAGAGCAACGCGGAGGCGGCGCUUGCGGAGGCACGGAGUGAGUUGGAAGCUGCCCAGAAGGAGUUCAAGAAGCUGACCAACUCGUGGUUCUCGAGCACGAAGGAGGCGGAGGCAGCCGCGCAGCAGAAGUUGGACGAGGCACAGCGCAAGUUUGACCACGCGGCGCGCUCCAUUGAGCCGUACACGCGCCAGUUGGUGUCACGUGCGGGUGACGGCCUCUCCUACUUAAAGAGCGGCGCUGAGAAGGCGACCGAGGCUGUCAGGGAAAACGCCACUGGGAUUGCUAAAGAGACCCAGAGACUCAGCAAAGACUACAUUGGAUCUGCUUCUGUCACUGACAUCAAGGAGGAGCGUUUAGCCGCGCAGACCGCGCAGGCGCUCCACGGUUGGGGCGAAACUGCAGCCGCACUUGCGGAGGAGGAAUAUGAAGAGGUGUUCCAGAAGAAUGAUACCGCAACCGGAAAGAUCUGGAAGUGGGCGUUCACCAAUAAGGAGUCGGCUGAAGAGGCGGUGCUGUAUGCGCGCAACGAGUUGGCAACUGCGAAGAAGGAGCUCGAUAGCACCCACAAGAGGUGGUACCAGUUUGGGAGGUCUGUGGAUACUGAGUUGCAGCAGAAGGCGCAGAGAAACUACGAGCAGGCCCAGAAGGGGUUCGAACACGCUCAGGCACAGGCGAAGCAGUUUACCGAGAAGGCCAACCAGGCAUUCUGGACCGGCGCGAAUGACGCGGUGGACCAGACCAAGGAGGGGUUGGAUGUCGCGCAUGACAAGGCGCAGGGUGGCUUGGAGGGGGUUAAGCAGUGGAUUAACAAAUAGGUCUAGCCAAAGCCGGGCUUAAAUCAGAGUUUUAUAACUCCAGAGAUAGGUUUUGAUUAGUCUUACAUUGUCCAUACGAAUUUUAGCGCAGCUGGGCUUUCA